UCCUGCUUUAGUGGAAGUGUCCCUUUAACAGCGGCUGGCCUGGCCUGGCUCGGGCCCUGCUUUGCCUCCUGUUCAGCUGUGGCUGCAGCUGCCAUGCUGACUCAUGUGCCCGCAGCUAGCAGGAGCUGGCAGCAUGGGCUCCCCAGGGGCUACGGCAGGCUGGGGGCUUCUGGAUUAUAAGACGGAGAAGUGGGCUCUCCUCACCAAAAAAGGCUACCAGGAGAGGGACCUGGACCCCCAGAUUUCCAUCACCACCAAACUCAAAGGGAUUUCCGUGACUCAGAUCAAGGAGCUUGGAAACUGGCUGUGGGAUGUGGCCGACUUCGUGAAGCCGCCUCAGUUGGGGGCCCUGGUGUUGCUGAUGGGAGCUCCUUUCCCUGCUGACAGCUUGAACACCCGCCAUGCAGCCAGUGUGUGCGAGAGAGAAGCAUGUGAUGCCAAAGGCGGCUGCGGGUUCUCAGGAAGGGCUUCACAGAGGAGUGGCACCUGGACAGGACUUUCAGGGAUGUGUAGGAGGUUUCUGGUAGAAAAAGGGACGGGUUGAGAAACCGGGCCAGAGAAACUGCAUUUCCGAAGGCUGCCAACAGAAAAGAAGGGAGUGUUUGAGACUAAUGGCUUGAGCUUGAGAGUGGUGUGGGAGGGGUGUCGGGGGGCCAGGGCCUGGAACUUCCUGUAACCCUGCUCCCUGACCUGGGGCACCUCGGUCAGAUGCUCCUCCUCCACCCUUCUCAGCUGCAUUUUCCUCUUCCCUCCACCCAGCUUAUCCACAGCCUUAACUUCCACCCAUCUCUGCUCUUCUGAUACCCAGGGUGUAUGUAGCCCCAGUGAACACUUGCCCAGAGCACAGCUGUCUUCCAGGUGCACACUCAC